UACGUGCUAUAAUUGGUGAUACAAAAACAGGAAACCCUAAAAAGGACUGCAGCAACAAGUAUCACUUGCACACACACCAUUAUUUUUUUUUACUUUUUUUAUGUAUAAUUUUGCCUUCUUGAAGAAUGUUGCUGUGGAACUGCUUAUCAAUCUGUUGUUCCUUACUCCUGGGUUUCCACUUUGCUGCAGGGGGUUUUGUUUUGCAGAUGAUCUCAGAGUGCUCAUUCAGCAGCCUAGAAGACAUGCAGUACUUGUAUAUAUUCACCUUCAAUAAUCAUCCGUUCCUUUAUUUUGAUCCCAUUGAAGGGAUGUUCAGUUCCUUAACACCCUAUGGAUAUACUAUAGCAAGACAACUCAACAAUGAUGCUCAGAUGUUGGAUGAGUUGAAAGAAGAGAUAAAUGUGACCUGCAAGAAUGACAUGAGUGAAUACUGGAAGCAAACAGUGCAGAGAAAAGCACAACCUUCUGCAAAAAUAAACACCAUUGUUCCCAAAACUAGAGCUUUAAGUGCAUCACUAAUAUGCCAUGUUGGAGGAUUCUUCCCUCCAGAUAUCGCCGUCACAUGGAUAAAAAAUGGCGAGGUGGUCGACCAAUCUGUUCACACAACACCAGUAUUGCCGAAUGGUGACUGGACCUAUCAGAUCCGUACCUCAGUGGAGUUUACACCACGUAUAAGCGAUACCUAUACCUGCAUGAUUAACCACAUCAGCCUCGAGCAGCCUCUUUUAGUGCACUGGAAGCCAGGCAUAAUGUACUUUGAAAACUACUACACGGUCAUUGCUACAGCUGUGUUUGUUGUGGGAUUACUGACCUUCUUUGUGGGAAUCAUCUACUGUAAAACAGCCUCCUAUGGUUCCAGAUACAUUUCAAUUCCAGGAAACACUGAUGAAUGAAGAGCCCUGCCAAUGAUAUUUCUGUACCAUCUUGCCAUGAUGAAGGAGAAUGUUUUUCACAUGGAGUCACCAGAUUAUGAUGCUAUACCUGCAGUUUGUGUGCUCUACCUGCAUGGAGCCCCCAGAUUAUGAUGCUGUACCUGCAUGAAACCCCCAGAUUAUGAUGCUGUACCUGCAGUUUGUGUGCUGUACCUGCAUGGAGCCCCCAGAUUAUGAUGCUGUACCUGCAUGGAGCCCCCAGAUUAUGAUGCUGUACCUGCAUGGAGCCCCCAGAUUAUGAUGCUGUACCUGCAUGGAGCCCCCAGAUUAUGAUGCUGUACCUGCAGUUUGUGUGCUGUACCUGCAUGGAGCCCCCAGAUUAUGAUGCUGUACCUGCAUGAAACCCCCAGAUUAUGAUGCUAUACCUGCAGUUUGUGUGCUGUACCUUCAUGGAGCCCCCAGAUUAUGAUGCUGUACCUGCAUGAAACCCCCAGAUUAUGAUGCUGUACCUGCAGUUUGUGUGCUCUACCUGCAUGGAGCCCCCAGAUUAUGAUGCUGUACCUGCAGUUUGUGUGCUGUACCUGGAUGGAGCCCCCAGAUUAUGAUGCUGUACCUGCAUGAAACCCCCAGAUUAUGAUGCUGUACCUGCAGUUUGUGUGCUGUACCUGCACUCUUCAUGAAGGAUUGCCCUUUGUGUCGCAGAUAAAAAGUGAUUUGUAAAACUACUAUGUGCAAGGCCUCCAUCAUACUAUGAACUGGGAGACACUGUGACUGACUCCCCUCCAUGUCGCCGAGUUAAUAUCUGAUUAUCUUUGAGUAAAUUAGAUGAUGCUGACCUCCAAGUACAGCACUGAUGUAUAUUUCAACAUGUUCAUUUCUAACAUCUUGGAUAGCUCUAAUUCUUAUUGCAGUAUGUAUGGAAAUAGGAAUAAUAAAUGCAGGACUGUC